UGGAGUCCGAGUCCCGCUUUACGGCUUAAACUACAACUCCCAGCAAGCAGCGAGGCCACCCUGGGACGGCCACUUCCGCCGCUCCUCAUUGGUCCGGCCGAGGCGGAAGGGUGUUUUGAUUGGUCGAGGGUGGAGUUUGUAUCUGUUGAGCGCCACGCCACGAGCUGCAGCUGUAGUGAGUGUGUGUGGCUCCAGGUGGGCUCACGCGGAUCGAACCUGCAACCUUGGCAUCGGGAUGAUGCGCUCAUAACCAACUGAGCUACCCUGUGGGGCCUCAUCCUUCACGCUUGAACUUUGAGUCUUGUUCCUUGAAACGCACCUAAUUGUCGAACGCUUAUUUUUGAGGUGGCGAUGUCUCGGGAGACGGAUGGGGAGCGUCAGCAGCCCCAAGGCCCCUCCUCCCAGCCCCAUGGCUCCUCCUCCCAGCUCCAUGGCCCCUCCUCCCAGUCCCAUGGCCCCUCCUCCCAGCCCCAUGGCCCCUCCUCCCAGUCCCAGAGCUCAUCUGGGUCCUCCACCAGCACAGUAACGACGUCCAGCCAGUCCUCUCACUCCAGCUCUGGGACGCUGAGCUCCUUGGACACAGUGUCCACGCAGGAGCUGUAUUCCAUUCCUGAGGACCAGGAACCAGAGGAGCCAGUCCCUGCCCCUUGGGCUCGAGUGUGGGCCCUUCAGGACGGAUUCUCCAAUCUCGAGUGUGUGAAUGACAGCUACUGGUUCGGGAGGGACCGGAGCUGUGAGUACUGCUUUGAUGAGCCCCUGCUGAAAAGCACGGACAAAUACCGGACGUACAGCAAGAAGCACUUCCGGAUUUUCAGGGAAAUGGGGCCUAAAAACUCGUACAUCGCAUACAUAGAAGACCACAGUGGGAACGGAACCUUUGUGAACAGAGAGCUGGUGGGGAAGGGAAGACGCCUUCCUUUGAGUAACAAUUCGGAAAUUGCACUGUCCGUCUGGAGUAACAAAGUUUUUGUAUUUUUCGAUCUGACUGUAGAUGACCAAUCAGUUUACCCCAAGGAAUUAAGAGACCAAUACAUCAUGUCAAAAACGCUUGGCAGCGGGGCCUGCGGGGAGGUGAAGCUGGCCUUUGAGAGGAAGACCUGCAAGAAAGUCGCCAUCAAGAUCAUCAGCAAAAGGAAGUUCGCUAUUGGCUCCGAGAAAGACGUAGACCCAGCUCUCAAUGUUGAAACAGAAAUCGAAAUUUUGAAAAAAUUAAAUCAUCCUUGUAUCAUCAAGAUUAAAGACUUUUUUGAUGCCGAGGAUUUUUAUAUUGUUUUGGAAUUGAUGGAAGGCGGCGAGCUGUUUGACAGGGUGGUGGGCAACCGGCGCCUGAGAGAAGCGACGUGCAAGCUGUACUUUUACCAGAUGCUCCUGGCGGUGCAGUACCUUCACGACAAUGGCAUCAUACAUCGGGACUUAAAGCCAGAGAAUGUUCUACUCUCAUCUCAAAGGGAGGACUGUCUGAUAAAGAUCACCGAUUUCGGGCAGUCCAAGAUCUUGGGGGAGACCUCUCUCAUGAAAACCUUAUGCGGCACCCCCACGUACUUGGCUCCUGAGGUUCUCAGUUCCCUCGGGACCGCCGGCUAUAACCGAGCUGUGGACUGCUGGAGUUUAGGAGUCAUUCUUUUCAUUUGCCUCAGUGGGUACCCGCCUUUCUCUGAGCACAAGACUCAGGUGCCGCUGAAGGACCAGAUCACCAGCGGGAAGUACCACUUCGUCCCUGAGGUCUGGGCAGAGGUCUCCGAGCAGGCGCUGGACCUCAUCAAGAAGCUGUUGGUAGUGGAUCCAAAGGCACGUUUUACGACGGAAGAGGCUUUGAAACACCCGUGGCUUCAGGAUGAGGACAUGAAGACGAAAUUUCAAAAUUUGCUUUUUGAAGAAAAUACGUCAACGGCUCUACCCCAGUUCCCGGCCCAGCCUUCUACGAGUCGAAAGCGGCUCCGGGAAGGGGAGGCGGACGAUGCUGGCACCACGAAGCGCCUGGCUGUCUGUGCUGCUGUCUCCUGAGCUCUUCCUCAAUGGGCGAGAAAAGUACCUUCUUGAAGCCUGCUGCUCUUUUCUUUAUGUUUGUUUGUUUGUUUGUUUUUAGACUUUAAUUAUGGGCGCAGCUGCUUUUCCAGAGGCGCCAGUGCACAAUGAAAGACCUCAUGGAGCCGGGGCUUCGUGCUUGAUGGUCAAGCUCUGGCUGGAUGAUCAGCUUUUAGGUGCACGCCUUCGUGUGUGUGUGUGUGUGUGUGUGUGUGUGUGUGUGUGUGUGAGAAAUCACGUGCUUUUUACCUGGAACUCUCCGUGGCUGUGGCCAGCCAGCCAGGUUCCUCAGGAAAUGUCCUUGGUCUCAGCCUAGGGGAGGCGCAUGCACAUUCUGAAGGCUCUUCGGACAGCUGCAGGGAAGAGGGAGGGGCACUGCGAGGUCGGGGUGGAGUGUGGAGAGAGUGACUGGCUGCCACAGUCCUCCUGAGGUGGCAGGUAGCCUGGUGCAAACACCACGGGUCCAUUUUAUUUCGAUUUUUUAAUUUUUCCACCGGCCUAUUUUAAAUUCUCAUCCUCACCCUCUAUAGAAUAAAGAGGCAGGUCCACAGUGACGCUCAGGGAAGUAAGCCGAAGAGCGUAUGAUUCCACUUAGCGGAGGUACCUAGAGGAGUCGGACUCUGAGACAAAUUAGAAUAGUGGUUGCCUGGAGCUGGGGGAAGGGCGGUGAGGAGGGGGGAGUUAUUGUUUCAUGGAUGAUAGAGUUUCUGUUUUGCAAGAUGACGAGUUCUGGAGAUGGAUGGUGGUGCCGAUUGUACAGCAAUGUGAAUACUUAUUACCACUCAGCUGUGUACUUACAAAAAAAGGGUUAAGACGUUACAUGUUACGUGUAUUUGACCACAAUAAACAAAGAAGGCCCC